CCAAAAUCACAGCAGCUGGUUCCUGUUCUACUGUAUAAUGCUGUGAUGUCAUGGCUUUCCUGAAACUCUUUUGGGACAUGCUUGAUAGAUAAUAAGGGAUUGGGUUUAAGAACUUUAAAGACCUAGAUAACGUGGCAGCAGAUUUCCCUAAACUCUUGGCUAAAACCCUUAAUCAUGAAUGUAUUUCAAAAAGGUUAAAAGGAUUACAAGAAGAUCAUGGGGAAUUCAUAUGCAGGGCAACUGAAAUCAGCCCGUUUUGAAGAAGCUCUUCACAACUCUAUAGAAGCCUCUUUGAGAUGCAGUAGUGUUGUCCCACGGCCAAUUUUCUCUCAACUCUACCUGGACCCGGACCAACCUCCUUUCUUGCCAGAAGAUGUGAAACCAAAGGUGGAAGAAUUGGACAAGGAAUUGGUACAUCGUUACACACAGAAUGGUAGUCUGGAUUUUUCUAAUAACCAAACUGUUAAUGAAUUGGAAGACGAAGAGGAGGAUGAAGACAUGUCAGAUUCUAGUAGUCCACCAAUCCCAUAUUCACAAAAACCUGCCCCAGAAGGAUCUUGCACUACUGAUGGUUUUUGUCAAGCAGGCAAGGAUUUGCGAUUAGUAUCGCUGUGCAUGGAACAAAUUGAUAUCCCAGCAGGCUUCUUGCUGGUAGGAGCCAAGUCUCCAAAUCUUCCUGAGCAUAUUUUAGUCUGUGCUGUUGACAAGCGGUUUUUGCCAGAUGAUCAUGGAAAAAAUGCACUUUUAGGCUUUUCUGGGAAUUGUAUAGGCUGUGGAGAAAGGGGAUUUCGAUACUUCACAGAAUUUUCCAACCACAUUAACCUGAAACUAACCACUCAACCAAAGAAGCAGAAGCACUUAAAGUACUACCUAGUAAGAAGCUCCCAAGGUGUACUGUCAAAGGGACCCCUUAUCUGCUGGAAAGAAUGCAGAAGCAGACAAUCAUCUGCUGCUAGCCAUUCUGCUAAACCAAAUUCUUCAGUAUCGCCAUCCAUGACCCCAGAGAGCGGAAGAGCUAAUGGAUACAAAUCAGGGUUCACACAGACAGACUCCUCAGUAUUCAGUCCGGCAAAAUCAUCUUCUGCUGUUAAUAUAAGUGGAACUCAAGACCUAUCCCGGAACAAGAACAUAGUGAAGCCACUGGCUUUGUCUGUGCAGCUUGUAGGAAAGACAUUUGCAACAGCCCCACUUACACUGCGCACCGGCGAUGUUGCAAAUGGAAACAGUAGUGGAGGAAGAAAUAAUGUGUUGAGCUCUACAUUCUCUCUGCCGAUGCCUCACUCAACUUCCCCCAGCCCUGGGUGUUUUUCUGUAGAUCAAGCAUCAAUGUCUAGUUCUGGGCCACCAAAGAAACGACACCGGGGAUGGUCUCCUGGGUCACCAGUCCCACCUGUCCCUGGUUUAGUUGUACCUGUUCCGACAAUUCGGCCUCUUGCAAGAACAGAGCCCCUUUUGUCAGUCCCAGUUCCUCAAUCCAUGUUAACUGGAAUUUUACAGCCUCAGCCCAUCCCUGCAGGGGAGACUGUAAUAGUUCCUGAAAAUCUACUGAAUAACUCAGGAAUCAGACCAGUGAUUCUCAUAGGUUAUGGCACUUUACCCUAUUUCUAUGGCAAUGUUGGUGAUAUUGUAGUAAGUCCCUUGCUGGUGAAUUGCUACAAGAUUCCACAGCUGGAGAAAAAGGAUUUGGAUCUUUUGGGGUUGACUGGCAGUCAGUUACUAAGUGUGGAGAACAUGAUUCUUUUAACUGUACAGUAUCUUGUCCGGUUAGGUCCUGACCAGAUACCCCUCAGGGAGGAAUUUGAACAGAUCAUGCUGAAAGCUAUGCAGGAGUUCACACUGAGAGAGCGAUCCUUGCAAAUGAGUGGUCAGUGUAUCUCAGUGUCACCAGGUCAACUCCCUUGGCUUGCUAGGUUAAUCACAAGUGUAUCUCGGGACUUGGUGCAUGUGGUCGUUACCCAGAAUUCUCUGGCUGAAGGCAUUUCAGAAACUCUGAGAUCUCUCAAUGAAAUGAAACAUCAGCAAAGGCUACCAGAUUAUGUUGUUGCAAUCUGUGCAUCAAAGAAUAGAGGAAAUGAGUUCUGUGUAGUAGUCUUAGGUCAGUAUCAGUCUAGAGCACUGGCAGAGAGCAUGCUUACAACCAGUGAGUUUUUAAAAGAGAUCAGUUAUGAGCUCAUCACAGGAAAAGUUAGUUUCCUGGCAUCACAUUUCAAAAACACAUCUUUAGGUGAUGAUUUGGACAAGUUGCUAGAGAAAAUGCAGCAGCAACGAGGAGACAAUGUUGUAAUCCCUUUUAAUGGAAAUGUUAAUGAAUGUGUGUCAUCGCAGGAGGCAGCUGCCAUGGUUUCAACACAAGACUUGGAUUUGGAUAUUGACACCUUCCAAAUUUAUCAGCCACAGCUUACAGUUGCCAGAAAGCUUUUGUCCCAGGUAUGUGCCAUAGCAGACAGUGGCAAUCAAAGCCUGGAUUUGGGCCACUUCAGCAAAGUGGACUUCAUCAUUAUAGUCCCUCGUUCAGAGGUCCUUGUCCAGCAAACCCUUCAACGGAUUCGACAAUCAGGUGUUCUUGUUGACUUGGGCCUAGAGGAAAACGGAACAGCCUAUCAGAAAGCUGAGAAAUAUGUAGUACGGCUAGACAAUGAAAUCCAAACUAAGUUUGAAGUUUUUAUGAGACGAGUGAAGCAGAAUCCAUACACUCUGUUUGUGCUGGUUCACGACAACGCACACAUCGAUUUAACUAGUGCCAUCUCAAGUUCUCUAUCACAUGGGGAGCCCAGUCAUGGACUGGCAGAUAGAGUUAUUAACUGCAGAGAAGUUACUGAAGCUUUCAAUCUCCUUGCUCUGCAGCCACAGCAGUCCAGAAUAAACUCUAACAACGAGGUACACUGGAUACAAUUUGACAGUAUGGAAGAAAUGAGCAGUGAGGAGAAACUGUAUUUUGGCUUGAAUGAAUACAGCCAAUCUCUUCAGUGGGGAAUCAUGAGUCCUCUGCUGAGAUGUGAUGAAAACUUUGAAAAAAUGGUGAACACACUCUUAGAAAGGUAUCCCAGGCUGCACAGCAUGGUGAUUCGCUGCUACCUUCUUAUUCAACAAUAUUCUGAAGCCCUGAUGGCUCUCACAACCAUGGCCUCCCUUAGAGACCACAGCACCCCAGAGACACUCAGCAUAAUGGAUGACCUCAUCACUUCACCAGGAAAGAAUAAGAGUGGUUGUGGCCACAUGCUUAUCAUUCGAGUCCCGUCCGUGCAAUUAGCAAUGCUGGCAAGAGAGAGGUUACAAGAAGUGAGAGACAAAUUAGGUCUGCAAUAUCGUUUUGAGAUUCUUCUUGGGAACCCAGCUUCAGAACUUACUGUUGCUAAGCACUUUGUGACACGAUUAAAGGCUUGGAGGGGAAAUGAACAGGAAGAUUGGGUCCCUCGUACUUACCAGGAUUUAGAAGGCCUGCCUUGCAUUGUUAUCCUCACUGGCAAGGACACUCUAGGAGAAACUUUCCCUAGGUCAUUGAAAUACUGUGACCUCCGACUAAUUGACUCAAGCUAUUUAACUCGCACUGCCUUAGAGCAAGAAGUAGGUCUGGCAUGCUGCUAUGUUUCAAAGGAGGCAAUUCGAGGGUCUAUUGUAGCUCUUGACCUGAGUGAGAAGGAGCAUGAGAAGGUUAACAUUAGUGAGAAUGACUCUGAUGAACUGCUGAUAGACUUGGAGAGACCUCAGAGUAACAGCAGUGUGGUCACUGGAACCUCAGGUUCAAUAGCUGAAAAUGGCGUGAGCUCCUCCAGUGCCGCAGACAAAUCUCAGAAGCCACCAGCAUCCCUUAACUUUCAGAACGUGGCGGUUAGUUCAGUUGCUGAAGGUACUUAUCCAAGAUUCACUGCUGGAGAGACCUUGAAGCAAGAAUGUGACUCUUUGGGCAACCAGAUGGCAAGCAGCACCACUUCUAAAUUAUCCUCUUCUUCUGUAGCCCGGACAUUCCGGUGGCCCAGCCAGUCUGUCAAGGAGUGCAAGAUCCUGCGGGCAGCACUGCCACGCAUUGUCAUCUUGUCUAAAGCUGCCUAUUGUCUCCUUGGCUCACAGAAAAGUGGGCACUUGCCUUCCUCAUCUUCUCUUUUGCCUCAUGCCGAUGUGUCUUGGCUGAGCUCUUUGAGACCUUUCCUUCACAAAGACAUGAACGGUGAGGAGCAGUCUCUUUACUACAGGCAGUGGACCACAGCCAGGCAACACCAUGCAGAUUACAACAAUCAGAGCGAAACUGCUAGCUCUAGAAGUUAUCACCCACGACGUCUGCUUCUGACAGGACCCCCGCAAGUGGGAAAAACUGGGUCUUACUUGCAAUUCCUUAGGAUUCUCUUUCGCAUGCUGAUCAGAUUGCUGGAGGUAGAUGUGUAUGAUGAAGAAGAAAUUAAUACUAGUAAUAGUGAAGGGUCAAGAGUGGAACAGGGAGACAAUGAUCACUGGCCUGACAUUGAGAUCUUCAGUAAAAUAACUUUUGACCUGACUGUGCAUGAUCCCAAGUAUGGUUCUGUGAGUCCAGUGUACACAGAACAACUGUCAAGGGUAAAACAAGAAGCAAACAAAGAAACCAAAGCUGAGGAGCCCAGAAAGAGAGAGACGGUGUCCAUGAUGUUGACCAAAUAUUCAGCUUACAAUACGUUUCACCACUGUGAGCAGUGCCACCAAUACAUGGAUAUUAAUCCUGUACCACAGAUGACUGACUCCACCCUGCAUGCAUUUACAUUCUCCUCCUCAAUGUUAGGAGAAGAGAUUCAGCUUCAUUUUAUAAUACCCAAGUCCAAGGAGAGCCACUUUGUCUUCAGCAAGCAGGGAAAGCACCUGGAAAGCAUGCGUCUCCCUCUUGUGUCGGACAAGAAUUUGAAUAUGGUAAAGAGUCCUAUCUUCACUCCUUCAAGCGGCCGCCAUGAGCAUGGCCUCUUGAACCUUUAUCAUGCUAUGGAAGGCAUCAGUCACCUUCACCUCCUAGUGGUCAAGGAGUAUGAAAUGCCGCUCUACCGUAAAUACUGGCCCAACCACAUCAUGCUGGUCCUGCCGGGCAUGUUUAACAAUGCUGGAGUUGGUGCUGCACGAUUCCUUAUUAAGGAACUUUCCUACCACAAUCUAGAACUGGAGAGAAACCGCUUGGAAGAGCUAGGAGUCAAACGUCAAUGUGUCUGGCCAUUCAUUGUUGUCAUGGAUGACUCUUGUGUCUUGUGGAACAUUCACAGUGUCCAAGAACAGUCCAGCCAAUCCAUGGAGCCCGGAGGGACGAGUAAGAAUGUGUCUUUGAAGAAUGUUCUACAGCACAUUGAAGCUACACCAAAAAUUGUUCAUUAUGCAAUACUGGGCAUUCAGAAAUGGAACAGCAAGUUGAAUUCCAGGGGAUCGCAACCUCCAUUCUCCAGGUGCCACGUGCAUGACUUCAUCCUGCUCAACAUAGAUCUGACACAGAACGUGCAAUAUGAUCUAAACAGGUACUUCUGUGAAGAUGUAGAUUUUAACCUGAGAACAAACAGCAGUGGCCUACUCAUCUGCCGCUUUAACAAUUUCAGUCUCAUGAAGAAACACAUCCAGGUUGGAGGGCAAAAGGACUUUACCAUUAAGCCAAAAAUCAUGGUAUCGGAGAGCAUGGCCCCAAUACUGCCUCUUCAGUAUGUCUGCGCCCCAGACAGUGAACACACAUUGCUGGCAGCCCCAGCUCAGUUCCUUCUGGAGAAAUUCCUUCAGCACGCAACAUACAAACUCUUUCCAAAGGCCAUCCAUAACUUCAAGAAUCCUGUGCUGGCCAUUGACUGCUACCUGAACAUUGGACCCAAGGUGGCAAUAUGCUAUAUCAGCUCCCGCCCACACUCCAUCAAUGUCAACUGUGAGGGAGUGUUUUUCAGUGGACUCCUGUUGUAUCUCUGUGACUCUUUCGUAGGUGCCGACCUUCUUAAGAAGUUCAAGUUCCUGAAAGGUGCCACAUUGUGUGUCAUAUGCCAAGACAGAAGCUCUCUACGUCAAACAAUAGUCCGUUUGGAGCUGGAAGAUGAAUGGCAGUUUCGUCUCCGAGAUGAGUUUCAAACUGCCAACAGCAUUGAUGACAAACCACUGUAUUUCCUCACUGGACGCCACAUAUAAAGUUGCUAGAAGACCAAAUAAGAAGGGAAGAGAACUUACAAGAAUUUUUUUUUGGUUUGGCCGGGAGGGGAGGGGGGGAAUAGAAGAAAAAACCAAAGUACAAUCACUGUGGAGCAAAGUGCAACCAAUAUUGAUCUAGUCUACUCUAAAGGAUUCACCAAAAUUCUAAAGUAGGCUUCAUCUUUAGGCAUAUGUUUAUCACUUCAGUUACAAUUACAGGAGCUUGGAUUCAAGUUAAUUCUACAUUAGUCAUAGUUAAUGAAACUAACAACACAGCCUACCAGCUGUGAUGUGGAAGGAGGACAUAUUUUGAUUGAUGAAGAGUUCUCUUGAUUUUUUUUUUUUUUUUGUACUAUGCUAAGCUAGGGAAGAAACUGA